UCGCGCAUGCGCACUCCGUCUUCGCCCGGCCGGUGAAGGAGCGAAGCAGCAGGGACGCCGAAACCGCCGCUUCACGAGCAUAAACGGGAACGAAACCCCUGCUGGAGCCGCCGAAGCCUCCCAGGGCCCCUCCUGCGAGCAUUUCUCCUCAGCCGCCUCUACGCAGAGAAAGCCGGUUGCCGGUAAAGAGAAGACGAGCGAGGGGCGGGGCCGAGUAUUUUCUUGGCGUUUGGAUCUUUUCCUCAGGAAUGGCAACUAGGAGCAACCUGGCUUGGUAAACGUGCAAGCCGGCUUGCCUUCCAGACCAUGGACUCACUGAGACACCCUGAGGUGUGAAAAUGUCGAGCAGUAACCGAGCGCUCGUGGUGGACUUCCUUUCCUACAAGCUGUCGCAGCGGGGCCACAGCUGGCAUGAGAUUGAGAUGGAGAGCGGGGAGGAAGCGAUGGAGCCAGCAAACGAGACGGGGAACACCCUCAAUGGGAGCCCUUCUUGGCAUCCCAGCCCCAGCCAUGUCAUCAAUGGGGCCUCAGAACACCCCGAACUCCUUGAAGAGGAGGAGGAAGAAAACCCGAGGGUGGAUGUCAGCCAGACACUUAGGGAGGCUGGCGAUGAGUUUGAACUAAGGUACCGGCGGGCUUUUAGUGACCUGACCUCCCAGCUCCACAUCACCUUGGGCACGGCAUACCAGAGCUUCGAGCAGGUGGUGAAUGAACUCUUCCACGAUGGGGUAAACUGGGGGCGGAUAGUGGCAUUCUUCUCCUUUGGGGGAGCCCUGUGCGUGGAGAGCGUUGACAAAGAGAUGCAAGGGUUGGUGGUGAGGAUUGCCAGCUGGAUGACCACGUACCUGACUGAACACCUGGACCCCUGGAUCCAAGAAAACGGUGGCUGGGAGCGAUUUGUGGACGUCUACGGGAACGAUGCGGCCGCCAAAAGCAGGAAGGGCCAGGAACGCUUCAACAAGUGGCUCUGGACAGGGGCCACCGUGGCCGGUGUGGUGCUCCUGGGCUCCCUCCUGAGCCGCAAGUAGCCAGAGACUGUCUCUCCGUCCGUCCAUCCACCUUGGCCGGCCGGGCUGCACCCCGAGGCUCAGCCUUUCGAUCAUUCCAGGGGUGGGGACAGGGAUGGGGUUUUUUAAAGUAAGCCUCUGCAUUGCGACACAUACCCCGAUCCUACGUCCCAUCCCCACCCCACCAUAAACAACUCACAGACCUCUUUCUGGUGCCGGCUGCCCCACAGACAUCUCCAACCACAGGUCACUGGUCUGAAACCUAUGGACUAUUGCACCCGAAACACACACACACACACACACCGGCACCAUUAGGUGUUUUGCCUACCUUCAGCAUUUCCCGAUUGUGUCAGGCACGCUGACCCACAGCCUGGUAUUUAUCUUGACUGUUGUUUUAAUGUCCCUCCAGAUCAGCCCAAAGCACAGGGGCAUUCCCACAAGGUCUUUGCAACCUAUAAUAUCCCCCCUCUCUCUCUCAACGUGUCACAAGGUCUUCUGAGCUGAGCAGGUGGAGUGAGGGGAGGGAUUGGGUCUCCUGGACCCCAAAACACCAGAGAAGACCCCAUCCAGCCCUGAUCUGGAGACCUGGAUCUUAAGAUGCAGACAGUGGAGACGGAGGAGGGAUGAUGGUCAGAAAUAAGGACCGUUGGGCACAAAGGGCCACACGGCUUCUUUUCCCACCCAAAUGCUGGCUCAGCUCUUCCUCCUGGGCUCCUUUGUUUUUUGUUUUUUUGGGCGGGGAGGGGGAGGCAGGAUCAGUGCCUGGGUCUUUCUUCUAUCUGUCAAGUUCUUUCAGCCCCCCCCCCCCCCAAAACCCAGGCUGAGGCCAGUAUUUGUUUAGAACUUAUAUUAUCUGGUGCAGAAGGGAGAUGGAUAGGCGCCUGUGGGGGCUCUUUUCAUACAAAAUAACUUCUGGUGCUGAGGCUGCUGCCUAGAGUGCCCCCUUCAGGCCCCUCUCCCUUCAGUAAAAAAACAGGCAGCCCUCCCCGACAUUAGCUUUCCCAGAUUUCCCCUUCCUCCUGCUCCUGGUCCUCCUCCUCCUUCAUGCAUCCUCUGCAACAUGUGUCCCUUUUCUCUGCAUCCGAGACCUUGGGGCAACCCAGUCAAGCCACUGUGUUUCUUCUUCGUGCAUGUCCCUAUAUGCCUCAAACCCACCCCAUGCACAUGAAGGCUGCACCGUUUUGUCGUCUUUGUUCUCCAAACAGCUAUUGCAUGUCUGCACUGGACCGGAAUUUGUGUGCGCUUUGGGCAGGGCAGUCGCAGGUCAAGGCAGCUGGGAUUGGGGCGCAGCACCUGCCAGGAGCCGCAGCCAGCGGAGGUUUCGAAUGAGGCCGCCAAAAUGGACAGGGAACCAGGUAGAGGGUUGGGGUGGUCAUGGUCCCCAUGUUGUCCCGCUUUGAGAGAGGUGCCUCAAUGCCUUCUCUGCAAUGGGAAGAGAUCCCAAGACCAGGGCCAGGCCUAGUUUGCUCCACAUCUUCUGCUUGUGGCAAAAGAGAGCAGGCAGAAGAUGGGGAGGGAGCAGUAGGGCCGCAGAGAGAAAGAGAACUCGCUCACCAUGGCAGGCUAUGGAAGGUGUUUACAAUCAGCGGCUAAUUGUGAGGCUGGCUCUCUGGGGACCCUCCAGGGUACUUCCAGGAAAAAGUGAGCAUCAAUAGUGUGUGCGAGGCCAGGCAGCCCAGGCAGUGCAUGAAUCCUUGGUAGAAGAGAGUAGGAUGGAGAAGAGGAGCGCAAGUGGAUGCGUGACCCCUGCUUUCCCAAGCGCAAAUGAGGCAGAAAUGGCUGCUGCCCGUGUAAUGUUGGGCCAGGGGUUCUUGUGGGCUCUCUUACUAGUGGGAGAGCCACUGGAGACAGGAAGGCUGCCAGGGAUGGGGAGCCAAGUGGGUUCGGAUGAACAGGCUUCUGUGGAAGCAGAGCGGGAUGGGGGUGGGGGGAUGCAGGGUAGCCCUAGAUAUGAGGCUGGGCCUUGUCUGAUGGCACCACCUCGGUGCUUCUUCGCAAUAAUUGCCAGCCUCGUCUGGUGGUUGCCAUGGUAGGCCAAGGCGAUAGCACGCAGGGGCCGUUUCUGCAGGACACGGGGCUUGGUUGGGAGAGAGGCAAGAGUGGAUUGGCGUGCGUCUCCCUUGGUCUCUGCAGCAGCCAAGGGAUUGGGGGCUGCCUAUGGGAGUGGUGGGCCAAAGAUGUUUGGGCUGAGCUUGCUGGCAGGGGAGGGGAGGGGAUAGAGCCCCCUCCUGCCCUUCUCCCAACCCUGGUCGUAGCCCUGGGCUCCCUCUCCAACCAGCCCAGGCUGCCAUUUGGGACCCUCCGGCGCCGCCAACACGAGGGCCGCCUUGCAGCUCGCCUGCCCCUUCCCUCUCCCGCCCUUGCCCUGUACAGGCUCAGCUGUAUAUAUAUUGAAGAGUAGUUUUUAUUCAGUACAAUAAUACUAUUUUUGUUAAUUGUAUGUCUGUAUUUAUGUGUGUUGGCUGUACUCUGCCCCCCACCCUGAAACCUUCCCGACUCCAGUAUAUCCCAGUUAACCUCAUUACCAUGAACCUUUCCCGGCAAAAGCGGAAUGCAUUGGGGUUCCCUCCCAGCUCCUUUUUGAUUUAAAGUGUCCGUGCUGCACCUUCCGAUCACCCGCCCAUCCAUUGUUUUCAGGCCCUACACGAACCCGUUAUUUUGUGUGGUGAAAGUUCGAGUUUAAUAAAACUGUGAGUUGCA